AUGAACAAGAGCCUAUUUACAGAUGACCUUAUCGUGCGUAACCCCACAUCAGAUGACGUCGGAAUCUAUGAGUGUCAAGCAAUUUCGGCUGCUGGAGUGAAUACGGAUGCUGCGAAAGCUUUUGUUGCUGUUGCUCCCCGUGUGGAGCUGAAGCAAAGCAAGUCUAUAGUUAAAAAAGGAGACAGCGUCUCUUUCGAGUGCAAAAUUCUAGAAGCCACACCAGCACCCCAAGUUAAUUGGUUCAGGGGUGGAAAGGAACUGUUGCGAAGCGAUAACGGUCAUAUGGCAAUAACUGGCACACAUUUGCUAAUAAAU